AUUCUGUCUGGAACCAUGGGUGAAGAGAAAGGGAGACAGAGAGUUCACAAGAGGAGGAGGACAUCUCAAGACCACCCUGUGUCCAUCUCUCAAUAAUUUAUAUAAUAUCUCAUCUUCAUAAAGCAAAGAAAUGCACCUAGAAAAUGCCUGCUGUAUUUGGGAAAAUUGAUUGCUGUAAGUAAGGACUAGUGUGGGCAAUUGUUUAUUUUUGCUUUUGUUUUUCUUUUUGCUAAUAAUAUAUUUAAACAAUAAAUCCCACAGUUUUUUCUUUUGUGCUAUUGUCUACGCUCUGGAGAUCAUCCAAUGUGGAUAACCUCUAGCUUUAAGCCACAUUGUGAUCACUUUAGUUUCACUUUGGAAUGAAAAGUCCUCACUACAAUUCCUCCUCGCACGGACGAAAUCCCCAACAGGCACAGCUUUUACCGUAUGUAUGGAAUGAUGGCUGUUAGCCCUAAGUAUCGCAUCUCCAGCUACUGAUUUGCGUCCAGGAGGGAAGUUGAACAAUGAUUUGAUCAGUUCUAUAAUACUAUUAUGGCAGUAUUGUCCAUGUUGCCUUGGACCCUUUAUUUUCACUGAUCAAUAACUGAGAAAGACAAAUAAAACAAUCCCAAAUAAGAGUCAAUCAUGAGGCAGCUCUUUGAUUAGUUAAUCAUUGCUGAUAUCUGACUACAACAGCUCUGGAGUGUCUUGUCCUGGUGUAGAUGCUGCAUGAAGCAAGCACAGGUGCUCAGGAUAAUCGUGGAGCAUGGCGGUGGAGAAAGAAAGCAGUGAGCUCAACAAUCUAAACAUCAACACAAUCGUCCAGGAUGAGAUGGAUGCUCCAGCCCUCCAGAAGAAGAAAGUGUCCUGCUGUGCGUCACUAAAGACUUUCCUGGUCGCUCUUUGUUUCUGUUAUUUCGCUAAGGCAUUUGCUGGGAGUUACAUGAAGAGUUCAAUAACUCAGAUUGAGCGCCGCUUCGACAUUUCCUCCUCCACGGUCGGGAUAGUGGAUGGAAGCUUUGAGAUUGGAAACCUGCUGAUGAUUGCCUUUGUCAGUUACUUUGGGGCAAAGCUUCACAGACCAAGGAUUAUCGCUGCUGGCUGCUUGGUCAUGGCGCUGGGUGGUUUCCUUACAGCGAUGCCACAUUUCUUCAUGGGACCUUAUAAGUAUGAUGCAGUGAAGGUGCAAGUGACUUCGCCCAUCAAUUCUACAGACUCCACCUAUAGUGUCUCCCCAUGUCUGGCCAACACAACAUUAACCGAGGACAUCAAACCAGAGUGUGUGAAGGAGACAAGCUCUCACUUUUGGGUUUACGUCUUGCUCGGGAAUAUGCUGCGAGGAAUCGGAGAGACCCCUAUCACUCCUCUGGGAAUUUCCUACAUUGAUGAUUUUGCUGAGCCAGAGAACACAGCACUAUAUAUAGCUUGUCUGCACUCUGUGGCGUUGUUGGGCCCUAUGGCUGGAUUGAUGAUUAGCUCAUUAUUCGCUAGGUUCUACGUAGAUAUCGGAUUUGUGGAUCUAGACACUGUGACUAUUACACCACAGGAUAAACGUUGGGUUGGCGCCUGGUGGAUUGGGUUCCUGUUGGCCGGAGUCCUUAUGCUAAUUUCAGGAAUCCCUUUCUGCUUUCUGCCUAAGAGUAUGACAAGAAAAAAAGCACAUCCCUCCCAUGAGGGACAGUGGCUUAAAGGAAAUGAGACAUCAGACACUGAGUGCGAUGAAAAAGCCACAAUAAAAGGCUUCUUCCUCUCCCUGAAGGUUCUGGCUUCUAAUCCAUUCUACGUCAUGAUUACUAUAACCGUUCUUUUUAAUCUCAGCAGUUUUAUUGGAUCGAUAACUUACAUACCCAAGUAUGCGGAGCAACAGUAUGACCAGUCUACCUCCUCGGCAAAUUUUAUCAUUGGAGUUACCAGUUUGACAUCAGCGGCUCUGGGAAUGUUGCUGAGUGGUGUGCUGAUGAAGAAGUAUAAGUUUGGAUUGCUAUCUGCCUCUAAGCUGGUCUUUAUUUCCUAUCUUGGGUCAUUCAUUUUGUUUUUCACUACCUUCAUUAUUGGAUGUGAGAAUCCUGAAGUGGCGGGGAUGACCGUGUCUUAUAACGGGAGCAAACUGGACACAUUAGGAGGCAACCAGCUCAUCUCCGACUGUAACAGCGACUGUAGCUGCUCCACCAGCCAGUGGGAUCCAGUGUGCGGAGUGAAUAAUAUCACCUACAUGUCGGCAUGUCUGGCCGGAUGCAAAUCGUCCACAGGAUCUGGAAAGAGCAUAGUUUAUCAGAACUGCUCGUGUAUUGAAUCCAUGGGCUUCCCAUCGGUAAAUUCAUCCAUGAAGCUUGGCUCGUGUCCUCGUGGUGACAAUUGUGACACAAUGUUUCUCAUCUAUGUGAUUAUACGAGUCUUCACUAGUUUUAUAUUUUCAAUCAGCGGAAAUGUCACCUUCGUCAUUAUUCUCUGGUGCGUAUCUCCAGCACUGCGGUCUCUGGCUGUCGGUGUCUACAUGUUACUGAUCAGAGUAAUAGCUGGAAUCCCAUCUCCGAUUUACUUUGGGGCUCUCAUUGACAGAACCUGCCUUAAGUGGGGGACAACAGUCUGUGGAGGGAGGGGAGCGUGUCGUUUGUAUGACACCCACUCUUUCAGGAACACCUACCUGGGCCUCAGCACCGGGUUAAGGGCCCCAUCCAUCAUCUUAUUUCUCUGCUUUAUAUUUAUGGUAAAGAAAAAGUUUCCUGAGAAAAAUAGGAAUGAGCAAGAAAACGGCGCAAAGGAACCAGCACACCCUGAAGAUGGCAGAAAAGGAGUAUAUGACACUCCUGAAAUAGAGAAACAGACGUCAAUGUAGUUAUCAACCUCGUAGUACAUGAGAGGCACUGAAUCUGUAAUAUUAUUGUUGUGUGAGGACAUUACCCAGAUGUACAUGUAGAGAGAUGAUGUAGAUAAAAUAGUUGUCUUAUGUCUAAUGGUCACAUGACUCAAGAUAUCACAUGUUCUAACAGAUUGUGCCAAUAAACUUCACAGGAGUCCACAGGUUCCUUGUGCCUCCUUCAGUCCUGGUAGUUGUUAUGCCCCAGGGACUCCAAGAGGUAAAUAUGUGUAAUUAUAAUUGACUUCAAAGGAUUUGCAACUAAGUAUUACAUGGUGAAAGUUUGAUUUAUGAUUAUUAUUCUGUCCCAUUACUUUUGGUUCCUUAACAAGUGGGAGGCACAUAUGCAAACUGUUGUAAUUCCUACACCGUU